AUGGGACGACAGCGCAAGUAUUUUUCUGAAGCUGAGAAACUUGCCGCAAAUAGGCAGAAGAGCAAGAAAUAUUAUGAGAAAUGCAAGGAUAGCAUAAACCGACGUCGCAGAAGAAAAUAUGCUCGCAUCCAACAAAAAAGAAUUGAAACGGCACGUAAAGCACAGGCUGUUGAACAAGAGCCUGUCUCCAAGUCAAAGCCACCGGCGGCCACUUGGUUGGACGAAGUUCUUCGAGUCUACCGGCGCUUCAACACCUUUAUCAAAUCGGAUCCUAUUGCACAUACUGAGGCAAUCUGCCUCCAGUUUAUCAGCAAUCAAGACAUGCACGAAUUAUCGGAAUCGGUUGACAAGAUAGAGCACUUUCUUGGGCCAAUUUCCCGAUAUAAAAACCAUAUAUAUAUGUGUUCAGGAGUUGGCCCAGAGUGGAAUAAGACAGUCGCUCUUGCAAAACUGCUAGAGAAGACACAAUCUUGGUUGCAAGAGAUUGAAUUGACUGCAAUGGAAGACCUUGAAUUCGUUGAACGCAACUACAAUGCUAAAUCCUUUGAAUUUCAAAAGGUUUCGCAAUAG